CCUAGUAUAGGAGACAAAACAAUAGUUUAGCCAAUACCUCAUAUUUAUCGGCAAUUUCUGUUUUCUGUCGAAAUGUCUUCUCUGGUACCGCAGUCCUCAGGAAUGUGUGAUAAGAACCAGAAAUACGAUCGUCAAAUUCGCUUAUGGGGCGAACACGGCCAAACGAUCCUGGAAAACUCUCACGUAUGUCUAAUCAAUGCGACAGUACUCGGUGUAGAGAUUUUGAAAUCUAUUGUCCUCCCUGGAGUAGGAGGUUUCACGAUAGUUGAUGAUAAACUUGCGACGGAGGAAGACAUUGGUAGUAAUUUUUUCCUUGAUUGGCGGUCUAUCGGACAAUCGAGGGCAAAAGGAUGCAUGCGAUUGUUACAAGAAUUAAACCCGGAUGUGUGUGGAGAAUACGUCGACGAAAAUAUCAAUCAAAUAAUCGAUACUCAACAGGAAUUUUUCAAAAAGUUUCAAGUUGUUGUGGCUACUGCCAUUGACGAACGAACGAUUGUCAGACUUUCGACUCUCUUGUGGGAACAGGACAUCCCGUUGAUUGUGUGUCGAUCCAUUGGUUUCUAUGGUGUAGCUCGGGUACAGAUUAAGGAACACUGCAUAGUUGAAUCUCAUCCUGAUAAUAUACUGUUCGAUCUUCGUUUGGAAAAGCCUUUCGAAGGUCUCAAAAAAUACAUGGCAGAAACAGGGAUGACUUCGAAGGUUCCCUGGUUGGUUGUAUUGUACAAAUAUUUACAAGAAUGGGUUGAUGGUUGCGGGCGAAGAUACCCUAUCCUUCCAAACGAAAAAACGGAAUUUCGAGAAUUCAUUCGUUUGAAGAUGGUGAACGGAGAGAACUUUGAAGAAGCCAUCAGAGCGGUUAAUUCGAGCUUCGGUGGAGGGAAACCGAAUUCUCUAAUCGAGGAAAUAUUGGCAGAUAAUUGCUGCGUUAGUGUGAACAAUGAGAGCAAACCUUUUUGGGUUUUGGUGCGAGCGUUACGAGAUUUCAUUACAAACGAAGGUGAUGGUUUCCUCCCAUUACCAGGUGUUGUUCCAGAUAUGACAGCUGAUACUGUUUCUUAUAUAACGUUACAAAAGGUGUAUCGUUCCCAGGCAGUUCGUGAUGCUGAAAUCGUUUAUCACAGAGCUCGACAGCUUUUGGAAGAAAUAAACAAGCCAGUUGACUUGAUUACGGAACAGGAAGUCCGACUGUUUUGUCGUGAAGCUGCCAAUCUAUGCAUCAUUCGUGGUUCGAAAAUCGCCGACGAAUACGAUGGAGGCUAUCAAGCGUCGCGGAUUCUUUCAGACUUGGAAACGCCAAAUUCACUGAUGGCGCAGUAUAUAACGCUAAGAGCGAUAGAUAAGUUUCAGGCGCAGCGAGGUUAUCUUCCUGGGGAGAAUCAGACCGAGGAUGAUACCUCUUGUAUCAUAAGUCUUACAGAAAAGAUGCUAAGCGAUUGGGGAAUCAGCACAUCAAUCAACGAUGAUCUUGCCAGUGAGGUUUGUCGCUACGGUGGAGCUGAAAUCCAUAGUAUAUCGGCCUUUAUGGGUGGAUGCGUUGCACACGAAGUGAUUAAAAUAAUCACGAAACAAUAUAAACCGUUUGAUAAUGUCUUUGUCUUUGAUGGCGCCACUUCACGAUUACAGAUUUUCAAAUUGUGAGGCACGCAUUUUUGUAGCUGGUUAUUAUGUUUCCUGUUUAUAUUGUUAUACAAAUAUCGAAUAAAAGUAUUGUUUACUUAUUUA